GGCGACCAUUGACCAUUAGCGCAAAAUAUUGAAUCAAUGUAUUUCUUGUUUCGCAUUAUUUACUUAGAUUCCUAAAUGGACAAAUUUGAGUUCAGAUUAAAUAAUAACUGAAAUUGUUAUGGCUCAUUAGGAAGAGCGCCUUGAAAUUAUGUAUUCGCCGCGACAGAAACUGUUAUGGUUUGCGUUCAGUUCAAGAGUAAUAUUGUUAAUAGUACAAGCGGUAUCUAACUUUAUUAUCCCGGACCACAAUGCCAAUGUGUUCGUCAGUCCCAAGGACGCGGGUCUGCGCCGCACGGCGGGCGACGCGGCAGUGGACGCGCUGCUCGGCGGCUUGAAGAGAUGGGACGCUCACUACUUUAUACACAUUGCUCAAUAUGGAUACACGUACGAAAACUGUCUAGCUUUCUUUCCAUUCUUCCCUCUAGUGGUAAGAUAUGUUGCAUAUGGACUAAACAGUCUAGUGGGAUCAUUUUUGAACAUUCACAGCUCGCUACUCAUUUCCGCAACAGUCAUAAAUGUAAUCAUGUUUAUUAAAUCAGCUGAUAUAUUACAUAGGUUGAGCCUAAGAAUACUACGAAGUGAGAGCAAAGCAUACAAGGCUGUGGUACUGUAUUGUGUCAACCCUGCUAGCAUUUUCUUUUCGGCGCCAUAUUCUGAAACGUUGUUUGCUCUUAUGUCUUUUUAUACAAUGUUGAAAUGCACAGAAAAUGAAACCCUUAGAUUUGCAAAUAUUGAUAUAACUAGUGGCUUACCUGCUGGGUUUUCCAUGAUUACUAGGUCAAAUGGGACUGUAAACAUGGGAUUCAUCCUCUAUACUAGUUUCAAGAAUGUGAUUGAGAGAACUUUACCUGAGAUAGUGUACAAAUAUAGAACUCUGAAGCGUAAGAUUAUUAUGCCUUUCCUGUUACUGCCACUGUUAACAUCUUGUGUAGCUCUCUUUUUGACUGUGAUACUAGCUCUGAUACCAUUUGUUUUAGUUCAGGCUUAUAAUUACUUGAAAUUCUGUGUUCCUGGAGAGCACAAUCUGCCAGAAUUCUUGUCUAACUCUGCAUAUGUUCUGCCCGGUAGAGGAGACCGUCCGUGGUGCAACAGCUCCUUGCCAAUAUCGUAUAGUUACAUACAGAACCAUUACUGGGAUGUUGGACUAUUUAAGUAUUAUAAAUUAAAACAGAUCCCGAACUUCUUACUUGCAUCUCCAAUUCUAUUCCUUAUAAUAUAUCAUUGUAUGUCUUAUAUGAAAAAUAAUCCUAAGCUAUUUUUGAGACUGGGAUUAAGAAGCAAUAUAUUUAAUUUUGGGUACAUUAACAAAGUGCCUUAUAGGCCGAGACAAAAUUCAAAAACUUUUGGUGCUAACGACCCUGCAAUAUUUGUAUACAUUGUUCAUGUUUUAAGCCUAGCUAUAUUCUGCAUCAUGUUUGUUCAUAUCCAGGUUUCCACAAGAUUAUUGGCUUCAGCUAGCCCUGUUCUAUAUUGGAUUGGUUCUUAUAAGAUGAAUGUGGGGCCCACACCAACAUCUGAUCAGAAUACAAUCAAUGAACAUUUCCGACGCAUAGGCAUUGGAAAGCGGAUACCUCCACACCAUUUGUCAAUAGCUAAUUUGGAAGGUGUAGAUAACAUGUAUUGUAAAUGGAAAACAUUUAUUAUAACGAGAUGGAUGCCAGAUUUCCAGUCUCGUUUAAUACAGUACUAUUUCCUGGGCUAUUUUGUUAUAGGAACAGUAUUAUUUUCAAACUUUUACCCAUGGACUUAAAUUUGGUUUCAGCUCCACUACACAUAUCAGUUGAACAUAUCGCCCAGACAUUACAAAGCAGUUUAUGUGCCAGUGAAUUUGUGAUGCAUCUAUGGGCAUAUCUGAUCACUGCUACUACAACUGCCUGUUCUGAUUUACCAAAUUUAUUAAAUAUCAAAAAAUUUAAUGCAUACUAUUGAAUAAUUCACAUAUCAAAAUAUCACUUAACAUUCCUCUUAGCUAUAUAAACAAUAUUUAAUUAUAAGAAAUAAAAUACCAAUUCGCGUUGCAGUAUUAGGCAUUAGCUAUCGUUAUUUAGUAAGUACCAAUCACUAAAGGGUGUUUUACAACUUCGUAAAUGUUUUUUUUUUUAUCUAGUUUUUAUAGAGGCUUUGGACACUAGGUGAACAUGUCAGCCUCAUGGGUGCUUUCAUAGUUCCCUACUCAAUAAAGUGGUAAACACUGAUUGCUUUGUCCGAUAUAGGCUCUGCCAACCAACAAUUGAUCUGUCCAUUGUGCAUGGAGCCCAGACUACCAAAAAAUCUUUUUCUCAAGUCCGAAUUCCGGACGCAUUCCAACAACACGUGAGACAAGUCAUCAGUCUUCUGACAGUUUGCACACAGUGGUGAUGAUUUAACAUCAUGCACUUCCUAAAUGUUGUAUCCUAAAUGAUUUAGUCACCUUAUUUAGAAGAGUAUACAUUUUUUUAUUUGGGUGACUAAAUCUUUUAGGAGAAAAUGUAUUAUCCUAAAUGAUGUAAAACACCCUUAAGAUAAAUUUGUAUUUUUAUUAGUAGGAAUGAGCAUCAAUUGAAUUCUAACAAAUAAUGGUUGAUAAGAUCACACGAGUGAAUAGAAUAUAGACCUUUCGCGCAUGAAAUCUAUUAAAGCAUGGGGCCUUAGAGUAUAGAAUUUGUCCAUUUUAAAAUAACAAAUAUCGCACAUUACAAUUUUAAUCAUGUUAAUUCUAUCGCCUUUUAAGAAUUUGAAAUAUCUACUAUUUAAGCAUGUUAGUCCAUCAUUUUAAACUUCUAUCAUUCUAGUCAUUUGUGUUCUAAGAAUUUUAUUAAAUAGGCAUUUCCAUAAAGUAAUUUUGGAGCUAGAUAAUUAGGAAAGCUUUAAUUAUAAUAUUUAUAAUCGUACAUUUAUUAUUGCGCCGCGCCGUGUUAAAACGGCUGAGCUGAUUGAUGAGGAUGAGCAAUUGUUAAUUUAAAAUAAUGUUAUAAUAAAUUGACCAAAUAUAGAUAUAAGAAUUAUAAAAAAAAUGGUAUAACUAAGUAUUUUUCUUUGGCAUGCAUUAGGUAAAAUUAAAAUACCUACUUUUCAUAUUAUAUAGAAACCACAAAGUAUUUUAUUUAUUCAUACCAUCUUAAUUAAUUCAACACUUUGACUUAGGUUUGAAUUUUAAGAUGUAUAAGUACAGAGAUGCAUAAUGCAUGCGCUUGAUGUAGAUUGUAUCAUGAUUGUAUUUUCUAUUGAUUACUUGAUUAGAUAGUCGAUAGGACCGUCCAUUUUUAAUGCAAUAGAAUAAAGUGCGUUUACAAAAUAAAACACUAAUAUACCUACAUACAGCCAUAGUUAGCCUAGAUAGAAUUAUUUUUUAAAACCGAUUAAUUUUUAUCUUUAUGGUUGUGAUUUUGAACUUGAUGUCCAAUAUUAACCAAAUCUUGAUAAAGGAAGGUUACGGGUCAACGACGUUUUUACUACGUCUACGUAGAGAGAGCUACGUCGUAGCACGCGUAGAAUCAAGUGGGGCUAGGGGUAUUAUACGCUCCCAUGAAAUAUAUACAUAUAAGGUGGGCAAUUCAAAAGGGGCUGAAGGGUAAAUCGAGGCCACUAAAAAUAAACUGCUUUUUUAAUUUUAUGUCUCGAACAUGGCCGAUUUUAUUUCCUCGUGUUGGCUUUAUUUAAUCCCCUUUUAAAUUGCUUGCCCUGUAAUCUGUAUACUUCUGACGUUGGGAAUAAGAGCUUCGUAGAAACGUUCGUAUUUGUUAUGAUACUUCAGUCAACCUCAGUACUUUUUGUACCGAGACUGAGUGAAAUAGCAGGACACGUUCGUAGGUAUGUUUCCGUGAAAAUACGAUGGAAAACACUUACGCACUACAUCUAGUACACCUUUAGUAACUAGCAAGAGCGACCCCGCAAUACGUGAGACACGAUAUCUGCGACGUCCCUGUUGUCAGUUUCAAAUUUAGUAAGGUGUGACAAUGACAAGUUCUUCAGACGGUCCGCAACAAUCUUACCUUGCAUUGUGCGUUCAAAAAGGGUUAUUAUUUGUACUUUAGCUUUUGUUACUUUGCACAAAUUGAAGUCUAUCGUAUUACCUUAUUUAAGUAAUUGUAUUAUUUGAAUAAAACCACUGUUUACAGAUUAUAAAACUUUUA